AUGAUCAAAUUUUACAUUUAUUCAAUAGUGCAGAACCCAAUGGAUAUUGCUGAUUUGGCAGAAUUUUCAUGGAAAAAAGCAAAAAUUAUCGUUUCAAGUAGACCGUUAAAAAGAUUAAAUGAUUUCUCUUCAAAAGAAUUUCUAACUGAAGCUGAAAAGGAAAAACAAGCUUCAAAACAAUCAAAAAGAAAGUAUCGUGGUAAUAAUCACAAAAAUGAAAGUGAAAGAUUAUUAGAUAAAAUAGCUCAAUCAAUCAAAGGUUAUAAUGCUAUCGAAUCCUUAAUUAAAAAAUGUUCCUCAUAUGGUUCCUCAUUAUCAGUCCAAAUGAAAAAAUGGGGUCUGGAUUUACAAAAUGUCGAUAGUAAUGGUGAAUUAGACAUGAUGGCCUUAGAUACAGAUGACCAAAAUAAAGCUGUUGUGGAUGAAUUCGAUAAUGGUAGUGAAACAGUAACUCCUGAGGUCACUCCGAGCGCUACAUUAUUACAAAAGAUGAAAUCCAAGAAAUCUGAAGGUGAAGGUGAAGGUGAAGGUGAAGCUAAAAGUGACAUCGAAUUUGAUGAAGAUGAAAUUCCUGAAUCUGAAGAAGAUGAUGAAGAUUAUGAUGAGAUGGUAAGCACCAGAAAGAGAUCUACCAGAAGUGGUGUCAGCAUUCAAAAGAACCGUGUCGUCAAAUAUUUUAGAGGCAAACCAAGAUUAUUAUCAUCUGAUAUUAGUUUAAAGGAUUACCAACAGAUGGGUAUCAAUUGGUUAAAUCUAUUAUAUCAGAAUCAUAUGUCCUGUAUUUUAGCAGAUGAUAUGGGUUUAGGUAAGACCUGUCAAGUCAUUUCAUUUUUAGCUUAUUUAAAGCAAAUCGAACAACCAGGACCUCACUUAAUUGUAGUUCCAUCAUCUACUUUAGAAAAUUGGUUGAGGGAGUUUCAAAAAUUCUGUCCUAAUUUAAAAAUUGAACCUUAUUAUGGUUCUCAACAAGAAAGAGCCGAUUUAAGAGAUAUUUUGGAAGAGAACGAUGGACAGUAUGAUGUCAUUGUUACUACCUAUAAUUUAGCAGCAGGUAAUAAGCAUGAUGUUUCAUUUCUAAGAAACCGUAAUUUUAAUGUAAUUGUAUAUGAUGAAGGCCACAUGUUGAAAAAUUCAAUGUCAGAAAGGUUUUCAAAAUUGAUGAGGAUUGAUGCUAACUUUAGACUGCUUUUGACUGGUACACCAUUACAAAAUAACUUGAGAGAACUUAUGUCUCUAUUAGAGUUCAUUAUGCCUUCCUUAUUUGAAUCUAAAAAGGAUUCUUUGGCUACUAUCUUUAAGCAAAGGGCCAAAACUAGUGAUUCUGGUAAAGAUCAUAACCCGUUGUUAGCCCAAGAAGCCAUUAAUAGAGCUAAAACUAUGAUGAAACCAUUUAUCCUGAGAAGACGUAAAGAUCAAGUAUUAAAGCAUUUACCAGCAAAGCAUAAACACAUUGCAUAUUGUACUUUGAAUGAAGAUCAAAGAGAGAUCUACAACAAGGAAGUAAAAAUUGUAAUGGACCAUAAGAAAAUGAUAAAGGAGGGCUUACUUCCAGAGGAUCCUAAAGAGAGAAGUAAAAUACAAACUUCAAGCUCUAAAAAUUUGAUUAUGUCACUACGGAAAGCCUCCAUCCAUCCAUUAUUGUUCAGACACAUAUUCAAUGAUGAAAUUAUAGACAAAAUGAGUGAUGCUAUCUUAGACGAACCUCAAUAUGCAGAAAAUGGUAACAAGGAAUAUAUCAGAGAAGAUAUGAGUUAUAUGUCUGAUUUUGAAUUACAUACUUUAUGUUGUAACUUCCCAAAAACAUUAUCGAAAUAUAAACUAGAUGAGAAAGCAUGGGCUAAUUCUGGUAAAGUUGAAAAGCUAUGUGAAUUACUAAAAGAUAUAAUUUCAGUUAAAAAGGAGAAAGUUUUGGUUUUUUCAUUGUUCACCCAAGUUUUGGAUAUUUUAGAAAAAGUAUUAUCGAGUUUAAAUUAUAAAUUUUUAAGACUAGACGGUUCAACUCAAGUUAACGAUCGUCAAUCUCUAAUUGAUAAAUUUUAUGAAGAUGACACAAUUCCUAUUUUUAUUUUAUCAACAAAAGCUGGUGGGUUUGGGAUUAAUUUAGUUUGUGCCAAUAAUGUAAUUAUCUUUGAUCAAAGUUUCAAUCCACAUGAUGACAGGCAAGCUGCUGAUAGAGCUCAUCGUGUUGGCCAAACAAAGGAAGUCAAUAUAACCACAUUAAUUACUAAGGACUCUAUUGAGGAGAAAAUUCUGCAAUUGGCCAAAAACAAGCUUGAUUUGGAUACCCACGUCAGUGAAGAUGAUAAAAAAGGUCAAGAUGCAUUAGAAAGUAAAGUUAGCAAUAUCUUAGAGGAUAUUAUUUUCGAUGAAAACAUCGAAAAAAAAUCAGAAUAA